UCUUUUUAAGUGCUAAAAAGCUUUUAAAGUACUAAUCAGACUUGAGCUGGCAGCUGCAGUUCUGGCAGUGCGGAUCAACAGGAUUCUGGAGAGGGAACUAGAAUUCAUUCUAGAACCACCAGUCUAUUGGACAGACAGCACCUCAGUCAUCAAGUAUAUCCUAAACGACACCUGCUGCUUCCAGACAUACGUGGUCAACAGAGUAGCUACCAUCAGAGACCUGUCAGAAAAGUUUCGGUGGCAUGUGAGCAGUGGCCUUAACCCUGCAGAUGAUGCUUCGCGAGGCAUGUCAACUGAAGCCUUUCUGAAGUGUGAACGAUGGCUGAAUGGACCAGAUUUUCUGAAGCAGCCUGAGCAAUCUUGGCCAAGACUUCCAGAGAUCACCCUCACUGUUUCUGAUGAUGUGGCAGUGGGGGCGUGGUCAAGUGCCGGUCUGUGACAGGAGGGCGGAGUCAGGGAAGGUAAGUGGCAGAAUCACUACACCUGAGAGCAAUUAACCUGUGUUUGUGUGUCUUCCCAGUGACCGCGCCCUAUAUCAGGAGGGAGAGCGAGAGCGGAAGGAGCUCAUCCCUGGACGAGACGCUGAUGGAAAUUACCACAGUGGUGCCAAAACCCAGGACAGUGGAGCACCAAACCAGCAGCCCCAUGGAAUCCUCCCCGUUCACCGAUCUGGUCCACGCCCUCGCCAUGGCUCAGCAAAGCCAGUACCAGGCGCUCGUCACGCUCCAAAAGGAGCAGGAGCGGUGCUUCGAAGCCCUGGUGCUGGCCCAGCAGGAAGAUCGCGAGGCAUUCCGGCAUCACCUCGCGUCGGCGGGGUCCACCAGCGCUCCGGCCACGGGCCCGUCUCCCCUCAUUGUCACCAAGAUGGGCCCGCAGGACGACCCUGAGGCAUUCAUCACGUUGUUUGAACAGGUCGCCGAAGCCUCGGGGUGGCCGAUGGAGCAGCGCGCGGCGCGCCUCCUCCCCCUGCUCACGGGAGAGGCACAGCUGGCCGCGCUACAGCUCCCCGCCGACCGCCGGCUGGCCUACGCGGACCUCCGCCGGGCCGUCCUCCAGCGCGUGGGGCGCACACGGGAGCAACAGCGCCAGCGCUUCCGCGCGCUGCGACUGGAGGAAGUCGGCCGGCCGUUUGUGUUCGGCCAGCAGCUCCGGGACGCCUGCUGGCAGUGGUUGAGGGCCAACAAUCGCGACGCCGAGGGAAUCGUCGACCAGGUGGUACUGGAACAGUUCAUCGCCCGAUUACCAGCCGGAACCGCGGAGUGGGUCCAGUGCCACCGCCCGGCGUCGCUGGAUCAGGCAGUCGAGCUGGCGGAGGAUCAUCUGGUGGCAGUCCCGGCGGCAGGACAGCAGAUGGCAUCGUCUCUUCUCUCCUCUUCUCUCUCUCUCUCUCUCUCCCCCUCCUCCUGUGUCCCGUCCUCGCCCCAUUCCCCCACCGCGGAGGCGGGGGCCGGCACCACCCAACCGGCCCACCGCACCCGUGGUGCCCUCCUGUUUCUCCCUUCUGUGUCUGUCUCUCCCCCACCUCAGGUGAGUGAGCCCCAGAUCACCGGUGCAGAGGGAAAGCCCGGGCCGGUUUGCUGGCGCUGCGGGGAGCCGGGCCACCUUCAACAGCAAUGCACAGCAAUGGAAGUGGGCGCGGUGGUUCGGAUCCCCGACGCGCCAGAGGCCGCCCUCGAUCGGGCCGGAGCGUAUCGCAUACCGUGACCGCGCCCUAUAUCAGGAGGGAGAGCAAGAGCGGAAGAAGCUCAUCCCUGGACGAGACGCUGAUGUGUGUGUCUCUGUGCGUCCGACACAUAUUGUUAAACUGAAAAGUGUGGCAAUAAAAGCCUUGUUUUCACCUGAUCUCUGUCCUGCCGUCCUCUGUGCUCCACCCACCCACAGGGACAUUACCACAGAUGAUGAUCCGGAAAUCAAGAAGACUGUUGCGGUUCUCAGUACAGCAGCAACAGAGAUAUACAAUCCAGUCAUCAAGUUCAUACAGCACUUUUCCUCCUGGAAUCACCUGAGAAGAGCUACAGCAAGGCUCCUGCAAUUCAAAGACCUGCUUAUACAGUUAACCAGGAAAAGAAAAGAAAUGACACUCUCAGACCAACAAAUGGAGGAUACCAAGAAAAGAUUAAAAGUACUUACCUUCGAACAUCUGUCAGUUGAGGAUCUCACACAUGCCGAAAAGGCCCUCCUCCCAUGUGUUCAGCAGCAACAUUUCCCAGAGGAGUUCUCAGCACUGGAGAUAGGGAAGGCAUCUGUCAAGAAAGGCAGCAGGCUUUACAAACUCGACCCUAUUCUUGAUGAUGGAGUACUGAGAGUGGGCGGUAGGCUGAGUAAGAUGGCAAUGCCAGAAGAAUUUAAACAUCCAGCCAUCCUACCCAAGACCAGCCACCUAACCAGACUGCUCAUCAGGCACACGCACAUUUCAGUCGGCCAUGGAGGAAGAAAUCAAACCCUGGCAAAGCUGUGCCAAAAAUUUUGGACACUUAAAGUUAAUUCAGCCACAAGAAGGACCAUAAGAGAUUGUGUCUUCUGUAGACGCUGGCACACUCCACCUACUGUGCAGAAGAUGGCUGACCUGCCUUUAAGUUGCAUGUUACUAGACCAUCCUCCUUUCACCUUUGUUGGGGUUGAUUACUUCGGCCCUAUUGAAAAGAAGAGAGGCUGGGCGAUGGUAAAGAAGUAUGGUGUUAUAUUCACCUGCCCUGUCAGCAGAGCAGUCCACUUAGGGCUGGCACAUUCCUUGGACACUGAUUCCUGCAUUGCCGCUCUUCGGAGAGCAGCAAUGCAGGAAUUAUGUGCAGGAGGGGUCAGGUCAAAGAGAUGUUCUCUGACAACGGCACAAACUUUGUGGGGGCAGAACGUGAAUUGAGAAACUCACUAGCACUUCUGAAUCACAGCAAGAUCCAGCAAGCCCUAUCAACUGAGGGAAUAAAAUGGACUUUUAAUCCUCCCUUCGGCUCACACUAUGGAGGCUCAUGGGAGAGACUCAUCCAAACCAUCAAAAAGGUCCUCUACUCCAUUGUUAGGCAGCAAUUGUUGGAUGAAGAAAGCCUGCAGAUGGUUCUCUGUGAAGUAGAGACUAUCUUGAAUGAUAGACCCAUCACUGUAGUUUCUGAUGAUGUGCGUGAUCCAGAACCCCUCACAUCAAACCAUCUGCUUCUGUUGAAAGGACAACCCCUGCUGCCACCAGGAGUGUUUAAGAAGGAUGACUGCUAUGCCAGAUGGAGAUGGAGACAGGUGCAGUAUAUCGCUAACCUGUUUUGGAAGCGCUGGGUCAGAGAAUAUCUUCCUCUGAUGCAGGAAAGGCAGAAGUGGAAUGUGGUGAGAAAGAACCUUAAACCAGACAACAUCGUCUUGAUCACGGAUGAAACAUCACCAUGUAACUCAUGGUUAAUGGGAAGAAUAAUAGAGACCAUUCCAGACAGCAGAGGACAUAUUCGACGGGUCAAGAUUUGGACCAGAAGCAACAUUCUGGAGCGACCCAUCACUAAGCUGUGCCUUCUUCUGGAGGCUUGACAUGACUUGACAUGACUCUGACCUUACUGAUUUAUCUUUCUUUCCCUUUUUCUUUGUACUUUGAAGAUUUUUUUUUUUGCCUUUUGAACAUGAUUUUUUCAUUCUUUCCACUGAAUAGAACUGUUAUAAAUUUGCUGAUAUAUAAUGCAUAUGGACUCUAACACUAAAACAAAUUAACUAUACUUGAUGGCUCCAUAUUUCAUCUCAUCUCAUUAUCUCUAGCCGCUUUAUCCUUCUACAGGGUCACAGGCAAGCUGGAGCCUAUCCCAGCUGACUAUGGGCGAAAGGCUCCAUAUUUAUUACUGUAAUUGUCAGAAUACUGUAGACAAUUAGGGGCCGGGAUGUUGGAGCCAUUUUUGCUAUUUUGUUGUUUCAUUUUGUUAGUAUGAAUAUAAUAAGUUAAAUAUUAUUAUUGAUUAUGCUGAUGUAGUCAGUCUGUGUCACAGGGUGUUUGGGCAAUAAUGGGUACAGAUUUAGAUCCAUGUUAGAUACUACAUGGCCCCACCUCCUUUCACCUUAUGCACACAGGUGACACAGGUGAUUUUGAAUCAGCUGGCAGGAGUAGGAAGGGGACACAGUUUUUUGACUGUGGCAAACAGAAAUGUAAAAGGAUUUAAAAUAAAUAAACGUUUAAGUUAAGAAAGUAAUCCACGUGUCAUUAACCUCACUGGCUGCUCCUGUCAGAGCAUCUCUGCACAAAUUUUGAACUGCGUCGGAGGCCGCAACACACAUUGACUGAACUGAAAUCGACACUCGCGUUUCUGACUUCUGGUUUUGAAAAAUCUAAUUCCGACCACGAAGAUCUCAAUAUUUUUCAUCUAAAACAAGUCCAGUUCAAUUCUAAAAUAGUUAUUUAUUUAUAUGAAUCAGUUCGAUUUGGAAAAAAUAAGUAGGUAAAGCUCUGAAAACUCACUUCACAGUCUCCCGUUAAUCAUAACAUCAAAACUAGCAGAGGUAAAAUUUUGUUGAUUCCUUUAUAAGAAACAGUGAGAGCGAGAGAACAUCACUAUAAAAGUGAUCUGAUUGAUAUUGACGAGCAAUCCAGUGGGAAACCGAUCAGAAGAGAGAGAGAGCCUGACUGCUUUCCCGUGACUCAAAAAGAAAAACACAAUGAGUUUCCCGAUGUCAAAUACUUUGCAUAAGAAACAUGAAUAUAGUUUGCAAAAAUACUGCAAGUUUAUUUGUGCGUUUCUGUUUUUUGUUUUUAA